CGGAGGGAGCGGGAGGUUUGGGUGCUUGAGUUUCACCGGCCGGAGGGGGAACUGCGCGCUUGAGGUGUCCAGGGACUGAGCAUUUCAGAUCUGCUUGGUAAACCUGGUACACCACCAUGCUGGCCGCAAGACUUGUGUGUCUCCGAGCACUACCUUCCAGGGUUUUCCACCCAACUUUCACCAAGGCCUCCCCUGUUGUGAAGAAUUCCAUCACGAAGAAUCAAUGGCUUUUAACACCUAGCAGGGAAUAUGCCACUAGGACAAGAAUUGGGUUUCAACGUGGAAAAACAACCCAAGAACUCAAGGAGGCAGCUUUGGAACCAUCGGUGGAAAAAGUAUUUAAAAUUGAUCAGAUGGGAAGAUGGUUUAUUGCUGGAGGGGCUGCAGUUGGUCUUGGAGCUUUGUGCUGCUAUGGAUUGGGAAUGUCUAAUGAGAUCCAAGCUAUUGAAAAAGCUGUAAUCUGGCCUCAGUAUGUGAAGGACAGAAUUCAUUCCACUUACAUGUACUUAGCAGGAAGUAUUGGCUUAACAGCUUUGUCUGCCAUGGCAGUGAGCAGAAUGAACUGCAUGAUGAGAGGCUCUUGGAUAACCAUUGGUGCAACCUUUGCAGCCAUGACUGGAGCUAGAAUGCUGGUACAGUCAAUAUCAUACAAGCAGAGCCCAGGCCCAAAGCACCUUGCUUGGUUACUCCAUUCUGGUGUGAUGGGUGCUGUGGUGGCUCCUCUGACGAUAUUAGGGGGGCCUCUUCUCGUCAGAGCUGCAUGGUACACGGCUGGCAUUGUGGGAGGUCUCUCCACCGUGGCCAUGUGUGCACCCAGUGAGAAGUUUCUGAACAUGGGGGCGCCCCUGGGCGUGGGCCUCGGUGUCGUCUUUGUGUCCUCACUAGGAUCGAUGUUUCUUCCACCUACCACUGUGGCUGGUGCCACUCUGGACUCAGUGGCAGUUUAUGGUGGAUUAGUUCUUUUCAGCAUGUUUCUUCUGUAUGAUACACAGAAAGUAAUCAAGCAUGCAGAAGUAGUACCAAUGUACAGAGUUCAGAAAUAUGAUCCCAUCAAUUCGAUGCUGGGAAUCUACAUGGAUACAUUAAACAUAUUUAUGCGUGUUGCCACUAUUCUAGCAACUGGAGGCAACAGGAAGAAGUGAAGUGACUCAGCUUCUGACUUCCUUAAUACAUCAGAUAUCUGGCUUGUUUAAUAGGGGCAGAUACUCAUUAAAUAGUUUGUACAAGCAGCUUUCGUUGAAGUUUAGAAGAUAAGAACUUGUCAUCGUGUUUCAAACGUUCCAGUAAUGUGAUGCUUCAGGUCUGCUUUUCUCCUGGAGAAUAAAUUCAGUAGUUCUCUUCCA